AUGAUUGAUAGUUCAUUAAUAAUAUCAUCAUCAGAUAAUAUUCUUAUUGAACUUGUUGCAGAAUUAUAUGAACAUACUAAACAAUCAUCAACAUUAUCAUUAUUACUUGCACAUAUUGGUUUAUCGGAUCGUU